AUGAGGCUCCAUCUGCUGCUCUCUGAGGUCUUCUUCUUGACCCUCUUAUCCCCAGUAAGAAGUGGUUUAUCAUCUGCAGUAAACCACUGUCUCAAUCUGAAUGGUGUUUGCAGAAGAGACACCUGCAAAUUGACAGAGGAUAUACUUGGCACCUGCCAAAGAAGGUGGAAAUGCUGUCGUGCAUGGCGGAUUCUUUUGCCAGUUCCAAUGCCCAUUGUCUAUUCAAAUUAUCAAGCACCCCGUAAGAAGAUUGCGAAAUGA